GGGUUAAUUGAAAAGUAGUUUCCAGCUUCACUUUCUACAUUAUACAUAAGUGGCCCUGAUGACCACAGUGACACCCAGCUACUCUAAAGGUAUAAAUAUGUCACAUACCCUGUGGUUCGGGGGAGAAACUGUGCCAUAUUUCAGAAUAAUUUCCAAGGUUGAAAUAAAAAUGGGUUUCUUGUUUACUUUAAGUUAAUUAACUUUCAGGAAUUUAAAUUAUUUCCUUUUCCGUUAUUUCAUUAGGAUUGUCACUGAAUAAUACAUUUCAAGGAUAAGGGUAAUCCUGGAUCUUUAAGAGGUGCAUCUCAUGUGAUAGGCUAGAGCAGUGGUUCUCAACCUUCCUGAUGCUGCGACCCUUUAACACAGUUUCUCAUGCUGUGGAGAACCCAGACAUAAAAUUAUUUCAUUGCUACUUCAUAACUGUAAUUUUACUACUGUUAUGAAUUGUAAUGUAAAUAUUUUCAGAGCUAAAGGCUUGGCAAAGGGGUCAUGACCCACAGGUUGAGAACCACUGGGCUAUAACUGAGGUGGUAUCCAGAGGUGGUAGGAUUAUAAUUGAAGGGCAGAUAGUGUAUUUUACAAUUUCUCUUUCAGUGGAGGAUAGUGGUUGAGGUUGUAAUCUGUAACUUCAUGCAUUAACAUUUGCCGAGAGAGGAGAGAGUGAUAGAUGAGGCUCCUGGGCAUCGCUGGGUUUCAUGUUCGGAGAGGGACGGUUUGUUUUUUACUGGAUUUUGCAGUCUUAGUUUCUCUCUGUGACAGUGGUAAUGCUUUAUCUUUGCUAGUCUCCCCGAGACUCUCAGAAGCUUUUUAAAUAUCCAUCAAGCAGGAAGGGUCCCGGAAAAUUACCAGGACUUGAAUUUUGAAGGCUACUCCUGUUCUUCCCUCAUUUUUCCUGUAUAAGCUGGGCAAGUUUGGUGAACCAGGAACUUAGCCUCCGGUUCUGUUUUCUCCAUGUUCAGAUGUUGGAGUUCCAGGUUGUCAGUUUGGGCCACAACAGAGCUCCAGGGGGUCUUAGUUGUGUUGCUUAAAAGACAGAAUGCUGUCUCUUUAAUGUGUCUGACCCUCUAUUUACAUUAUAGCAUUAGAAGAGCCCAAGUAUUUUACCAAGAAAACAGAAAUGGGACUUGCAAGGAGGAAGAGUGCAGGAGCCUUGUCCAGGAGCCCAGCUUGAGUGGGAGGGGAGAGCACAGUCUUUGAUGGCAGGACAGAGUGGAUAGCCUGAUGGCCCUGUCUCAUUUUGCUUUGGGUUGAAGUCAGAGAAGUGAAUCUUUGUCAGUGUAGGGCAAGGGAAAACUUGAGGCCUCUUAGGCACAAGCACGGAAAAAGAGAUGAUUCCUUCUAGAGAAACAAAGGGAGACUCUUAGUAAGAGUGUCUCAGGGACCUGUGAUGGCCCAGCUGGCAAAGGUGCUGCCUGCCGCCAGCUCUGACGGCUUGAGUUCUCUCCCUAGGACAUGGAUGGGAGAAGGGAGAAGUGACUCCUGUAAACUGUCCUCUGCCCUCCACAUCAGCAUCUUGACAUGUGUGUGCCCACAAGUAUGUGCACAUGCGUGUGCACACCCUCCCCCACACAUGCGCACACGUACACACACUAAGUAAAUAUAUAAUUCAAAGACCAGUCUAAAGGAAGUGUCUAAGUAGGGUGGGUGCUUCUGAUUUGAGGGGGUUCUGGUAACAUUGUAUGUUUCCUAAACACCAUCUAGGAGAAAUGUAGGCUGUCCUGUGCCAUUGCCUCCUCCAUUUUGGUGAAAGAGCACACACUCAGGAGGGAGUGCUGGCCUGGGCAUUGGGAUUGCAGCAAUACCUGUGAGUUCUCCUUGCCGUGGUGGUUUACUGCUGGCUGAGUGCUCUUGUUCUGUCUACGCUGGCUACCCUUCCAGGAGGAUGCCACCCUUGGUGGUUCAGAUACUUUUAAAUUGUCUUGCUGAUUGAUGACCGAUCACAAAACAAGUUGAAAUCAUCGCAGAAGGAUAAAGUUCGUCAGUUUAUGAUCUUCACACAAUCUAGCGAGAAAACUGCAGUGAGUUGUCUUUCUCAAAAUGACUGGAAGUUAGAUGUUGCAACAGAUAACUUUUUUCAAAAUCCAGAACUUUAUAUCCGGGAGAGUGUAAAAGGAUCCUUGGACAGGAAGAAGUUAGAACAACUGUACAAUAGAUACAAAGAUCCUCAGGAUGAAAAUAAAAUUGGAAUAGAUGGUAUACAGCAGUUCUGUGACGAUCUGGCCCUCGAUCCAGCCAGCAUUAGUGUGUUGAUCAUUGCAUGGAAGUUCAGGGCAGCCACACAGUGUGAGUUCUCCAAACAGGAGUUCAUGGAUGGUAUGACAGAAUUAGGAUGUGACAGCAUAGAAAAACUAAAGGCCCAAAUACCCAAGAUGGAACAAGAAUUGAAAGAACCAGGACGAUUUAAGGAUUUUUACCAGUUUACUUUUAAUUUUGCAAAGAAUCCAGGACAAAAAGGAUUAGAUCUAGAAAUGGCCAUUGCUUACUGGAACUUAGUGCUUAAUGGAAGAUUUAAAUUCUUAGACUUAUGGAAUAAAUUUUUGUUGGAGCAUCAUAAACGAUCAAUACCAAAAGAUACGUGGAAUCUUCUGUUAGACUUCAGCUCGAUGAUUGCAGAUGACAUGUCCAACUAUGAUGAAGAAGGAGCAUGGCCUGUUCUUAUUGAUGACUUUGUGGAAUUUGCACGCCCUCAAAUUGCUGGGACAAAAAGUACAACAGUGUAGCACUAAAGGAACCUCCUAGAAUGUACAUAGUCUGUACAAUAAAUACAACGGAAAAAUGCACAGUCAAUUUCUGCUGGCUGGACCGAACUGAAGAUCAAUCCUCAUGGUUCAAACUGAGGGUUGAGACAAACUCUAAGGAUACAUCUUGGACCAUAUAGUACUCCAUCUUCUACUGGUGGUUUGGGCUUGUCUUCUAGUCUGGGCCACUCUAAACAUUUAUAAUUCCAACAUUGUGGAUUUCAUCUUACCUGUGGACCAUCUUAGUUUGUCUUCCCAUAAGUCAUAGAAGCUCGAUGGUGAUGAUUUGAGGGUUCCAUUCCUGCAUAAAGCACAAUGCUGUCUUCAUCAGAAAACAGUUUGGCAUAAGAAUUAAACAUAAUAAUGAACACCACAAACAAUUUAUAAAAACUUCUUAAGUAUAUGCUUUGGGCUAGUUGCAAAGACUCUGCUGGUAGCACUUCAAAUGAGAGUGAUUUAUCUGAGUGUACCGGAUCUGGAAUGGUGUUUGGUUGAGGGAAUGUAAUUUUCCUGGUAAACCACAUGUACUGUUGAUGUGAGUGAAAUAGCUGAUGAAAGAAAUGUCAAAAUAACCAACACAUGAGAAAAUUUAGGAUGACUUGGUGACUACCUGAAAUAUGUCUUGUGUUUCAGACUCUCACAAAGGUUCUCCAACACAGUCUGUGGUUGUCCGCCCGUGUUUAGACACAGUGGUCCUGCGGGGAGCUUUUAUUUACAGAUGCUGUAACAGGACAUAGUGUUAGAGUCCACUCUCAAUGCAUCACACACCACAGAACUGGAUUUCACUAUGCUUCUGAAAUGCUUCUACGCCUUUUGAAUAAGUUAAACUAUUUCAUUUGUUUUGAAUGUUUUGCAUUGCUAUACAAUACAAUAUUCUAAAUUUAGGCAUGAGGGUUUAGUUUUUGUUUUUUAAAUUUUUGUCAUCGCACUAUGGAACACAAUGCAGUUCACUUAAUUUAUAAGAAGAUAGUAGGAUUGACAUUUUAGAAGUGGUUGUGAUGAGCCAUGAAGUUCAAUACUUAUCAUAUAGGCACUGCUCUUUCAGGCAAUACUCCAGCCUGUACGACUUCUUACUGUGUUGAAAUGGCUUUACCGCUAAAUCACUGUGGUUGCCAAAUCCUUCCUCCAAGAGCAGAGAUUUUCAAACAAGCGAGUGCUGGUGCGGAAUACCAAUGGCUCUGUUCUAUAAAUUAUUUGGACUUUUGACUGUUUUUGUCUCACUUGCAUUUGCUAUUUCCACAUCAAAGCAGAACGCUGUCUUGAUUGUAUUUUAUUUUUUUCAUGACAGGACCCAUGAUUCGCUCUCCUGCUGAAAAUGCUUGUUUUUCUGUUAACACACUGACAUGUGCAAAGGGGUCUUCAUAAUUAUUUCCAGGAGGAUGUUGAAAAUGGUGAACUUAGAUGUUGGAUGACUGGCCUUCGAUAGGGACAGAGUUUGCUUCAUGUAUCCAGGUCCUCUUCAGGGCACAAAGGAAUGUACUUUGGGAGAGCAGGGCAUUUUAUGCGGAUAUGGAAAUGAUUAAAACUGCUUUUUAGUCACAUGAUUUGGAAAUUGCAUAGAAUGCUUACCUUUAGAUGUAUUAUUUUUCCAAUCAUAACUUUAAUUUAGAAAACAUUUCAAAUACCAAAAGAAAGCUUGGAGUACAUUUCUAUUCACCUUACAGGAAUUGGCUAUUAAAAAGAGAAAAGAAUUUGCUUUUUUCAGUAUUUCUUGAUUUUAUUUUGUAAAUAUGAAGAACUUCAAUUAUGAAAAAAAUUAAAGAUAUACAUACAUAUGAAUAUCUUUAAAAGUUUUACAGACAUAUUGUUUAUUUCCUACGUGGAAUAUUUUGAGUUCUGGUAUUGUUUUCAGAUUGAUUGAUUCAAGUAUGAUUAAUUUUCAAAUGAAAGCCCAUUAGCUUCUCUCCCCACCUCAUAAAUUUUUCUUCAUAAAAAAUCUUAAUGUUCGUUUGUGGCCUAAUGCUUUGAGUUUUACAGAUUUUAUUUUUAAAUGCAAGACUUUUCCACUUUGUCAUCAGUUUGGUACUAAACAUCUACAAUUACUGUGUAAUUAUAAACAAAAAUAUAUAAAGCUUUAAUAUAAUUAUGUAGCAAAAAAAGUUAAGGUUGUUCACCAUGAUGGCAUCUUAGAAUUAAACAAAACUAUUACUAGGGCUCAGAAAAGAAGACUGAUUGAAUGUGUUUGUUCUGAGGACAAAUGUCUGAUUAUAGGGAAUGUUUUGUACUGAAAUGCUUACACUGUUGGGGGAGAGGCAUCAGUGAGUCUGGAGAGAAACGACACACACACCCAGCCAGCCUAACUGCUUCAGUUCACAGGUUUUGGUCUUUGUUUGAGUCAGGUCUCCAUGCUGAAUCUUUUUUUUUUUUUUUUUCCCCAGACAGAACCAUAGGGAGAGUUUACUUUUUGCCAAAUGUCAGAACAGGUACACAUUUCUAAAUGUAAUGCUUUUUAAAUAGUAAAAUGUGUAAAAUGAGAAGUACCCACAUAUAAAAAUACUUGAGAUGAAGGUUAUCUUCAGUGACUAUCAUCUGCAUAUCUCUGUAAGCUCAAGUGUGUCUUUUACAACCCCUGUCAUAUCACCAACAGAGGCAAUAAAAGCUUCAGUGAAAUUGCCGUGACUAAAUCUUUUCACAUAUUAUUUCAGUGUUUUAGUUUUUUCACAAAACUAAAAUAUACUUGAGGACUUCCAGGAAGAGUAAUUAUUCAUGGAAGAGCAUUGAAAUGGCACGUUCGGGGGGAAGAGAAGACAGUGUUUACUAUCAAUGUUUACAACUGUACUCGGCUGCUUAUUUAUGAACUGUGCUAGUUGUAUACUGUGGCAUUGUGAGUGUGCAUCCUUCAUCAUACACUUCAAAAGUUUUAGUGAGUGAAAGUAAAUUCACUCAAUGAAAACAUCGGAAACCUUUCAUGUAAUAUCUCUCCUGAACAAUUCUUAAACAAGGUAUACUAUUUUUUUUCUCAAAGAUCUACGUGAAGAGUUACUUAUUUUUUUCUUUGAUCAUGAGAAGUUUUGAGUCAUUUUUGCUCACCCUGCUUAGGUGUUUAGGUAUGUUGCUGUUAGGAUGAUUGGUUGGAAGCCUGUAAUUUUGACAUACAAAUAGGAGCAAGUUGACCUGGUAGAACAAUUUUGGAAUUAAGAAAGGAAAAUGGUGUUGGGAAAAUUUAUAAUUGUUUACAAAGUAUGCCUUUGUAAAACUGAUUCAACAUUUAGUAGAGAAUUUAUGUGGCUCUGAAUGUUCAAUUGUGUAUUUAUUAGGAAAUAUUUACCUGACACCUCCAGAUUUUUUGUUGUUGUUGUUGUUACCUUAAACUUUAAUAAUAUGGUUUAUAUUGAAUGCUGAGAUGUUUUGAUAAGAGUUUAUCAAAUUUGAUAAUGUAAUGAUAAAUGUUUUUAAAUGUGAACUAUUUAUCAUAUAUCUUAAUAACUGAAUUGUGGUUUUUAUAUAACAGAUGAUGAACAGGGUCCAAUUAUGGCUCACCAUUGAAUUGAUUAUAAACUUGAGUGUAUUUCUCAA